UGUACAGGUUAAUAAUCUGCUGCAAGUUGCCCAGAAAUACCAAACUGCUGUCAAUGAAAGUGGACCAGCUGGGAUAUCAAACAAUGACGCACAAACCAUCUAUAACAUGUUUGCCACUGCAUCACGGCAGCUAGCAAAAAAUCUAGAGCAUCACACCUUGAAUGAACAUGGGCUUUCCAAAAGAUAUGUACGCUGCCUGCAGAUAUCGGAGGUGGUGAAUCACAUGAAGGACUUGAUUGAGUUCAGCCACAAGAACAAUCUUGGUCCGAAAGAGAGCCUGAAUAGUUAUUCUAAAACUAUUGCGAAGUUUCAGAAUAUGCAUGAUUCAAGACAGCUCAUGGCUGCUGCUAGCCUUGCCAAUAACCAGAGCAACACCAAAGUAAUGGGGGUCCAGCAAGAGGCAAGUGCUUCUGUUCCAAGCAUCAUCAACACCAAAGCACAGGACUAG